AUGCCAAAGCAUACAGACUCCCGAGUCCCCGCACGUCACCCUAGCACAUCCUCCCUGCACCCCCCUCCCUCCUCCACCCACCUCUCUCCAUCCGAACCCCAACACCAAUACCUCCACAACAACCAUCACUACAGCCCCCCAGCACUGCCCCAGCACCCCCCUCAGCAGGCAGCACGGCCCCCCUCCACAGGGCCCUAUCUGGGACGCUCAGGUAACCAUCAGCCUCCUCGACCUCCACCACCUCCAGUCAUCAGACCACAGCACCAUGCUGGCCCUACCAGCCAUGGGAAGUGGAUCACAUAACACUCACUUUGACUUUUAUCCCUCUCAUUGUCUAUGUAUGUCCGGUCAUACUACAGGGUUUAGGUCAUUUUCAAUAAUGAAUUAUAUUUUCAUGUAGGGGUAGAACAGUAGACUAUGGCACAAAACAAUGCGACCCAUUUGCAGAACUUUGAUUGUCCAGUGUGUUUCCCAGUGGGCCUCUACUGUGGUAGUCCUCUGCUGUGUUCUAAUGAUUUUCUGCCCCCACAGGAGGUCACCAGAAGGGAGACCAGUUUCUGGCUGUGUUUGACUGGGGUGAAGCUUUCUCCCGUGAAAACUACCACAGUGUUGCACUGAGCAACGGCACGCUUCCGCGGGCACCUCGCAGGGCACCUCCAUCCUGGUCCUCCUCUCUCCCCCGGCCCAGGGAUGGACCCAACCCGGGCCCUGGGUACUACAGCCGCACAGACACGGGCUAUGCCACCCUCUCCCACCCCUGCCGCUCUGCCCCCCCUAGUGGCACCAUCAAUGGCUACAGGCAGCCCCCUCAAUCCAGCAGGUCGAAUGGAACCCUACCUUCCCGCCUACAACCCCAACACCACCGGCUUUCCAGCGAGACCUCCAACCAGCCCCUCCGCCUGGACGUACCCCCGGAUGAUGACUGGAGGACCCCCGACUACAGGAUGGUACCACCGUCCAUGCCCAUGCGGCAUGCCCACCACCUCCAUCAGCCCACCCAGAGGCAUGACCACCCCCGUAUGAGGGCAUCAUCCCGUGGCCCCGGUAGUGCCCAGCUCUGUUCCCUGUGCCAACAGCUGCCCACCGAGCCCUCCCGUCACUACUGCCAGUCCUGUGGGGCCUACAUGGCCCGUUUCCGGCCUGUCAGCUGA